AUUGAUAUAUUACGGUUAUUACGGCAACGCCUGUAUUGCUAAGCACCGGAACAGUAUUUAAUAACAUGCACCGGAUUUAACGUUAAAUUUAGGUUUUAUUUAUUGCUUUAAAGUAGACUUUAUAUUUUUCUAAGUCAUGACAGAAAUAUUUUCAACUCUUUUCGGCCAAAGCGACUCUCAGCCACCCCCAAACUCCGCGUCUCUAGGUUUCGGACAGGGAAAGCCGCCUCAGCCGCAGAGCGCAGCCCCGGUGCCGCCCCAGGUCUCAGGACAGCUCGGGGAUGAGGGGCCUACAGCGCGGAAACCGGGAGUCAUCAACGAGCCGUUCUAUUUACUGCGAGAGCUGCCUGUUGGAAACGAUUUGACGGGAAACACAAACCUGAUCACACACUACAACCUGGAACAUGCGUACAAUAAGUUCUGCGGUAAGAAGGUGAAGGAGAAACUCAGCAACUUCCUACCUGAAUUACCAGGUAUGAUAGACACUCCUGGCGUUCAGGACGGCAGUUCAUUGCGCUCCCUCAUAGAGAAACCUCCGGUGUGUGGGAACUCCUUCAGCCCGCUGACAGGAGCGUUGCUUACUGGCUUCCGACUACACACUGGCCCGCUUCCAGAGCAGUACAGACUGAUGCACAUUCAACCUCCGAAGAAGAAAAGCAAACAUAAACACAGACAUCAUCGACCUCAGGAUCCCAUUCCACCAGAAGCCCCAUCAGACUCUGACCCCAAGAAGAAGAAGAAAAAGAGAGAUGACGACCCAGAGCGCAAAAAGAAAAAGAAGGACAAAAAGAAGAAAAAGAAUCGUCACAGUCCUGAUCACCCUGGAAUCACUGGCUCUCAGCCAAACAGCAAUAGUCUGAGAUAGACACUGUAUUUUUUGUGUGUGUGUGUGUGUGUGUGUGUGUGCCAACAGUAUGAUUGUGCUUUUUGUAGCUGUUGACACUGAUUACAAAUCAGUUCCCUUUUCAGUAUUUUUUUUUUUUCCCUUCAUUAUUUGAUGACUUGAAUAAAUUUUUGGUACUUUA